AUGCAAACCAUUCAACCAUCGCCACUAUCAACUCCCAAGUCGGCCACCGCGUUGUGGACUGCUCGGUUGAUCGCCACGCUCUGGAAACUCGCAGUUAGUCGCGCUCGCAAGCUGCGCAGACAAUCUCAAUCCGAUACGACCAAACCCGACACUGGCAGUGAUUUUCAGAAACCAACACCUGAAGAAGAGCUCGACGAGGCCUCAAUCAUGCACGAAGCUGCUCUCUCGGUGGUUGCAUCGGGUGUCAUUUCGCUCGCUGAUUUCGAAGCUGUCACGGGCUACAGUUUGUCCAAGAACCAUAACCGCGAGAUACACCCAACGAACGACGACGCGAGCUCCGAAGCAGCCACGGACAUGUCCGAUUGUUGCAGCAUUGCGAGCAGCGACGUGUACGAGAGUAUACUGGAGGAGGAGCUUUCGGUUUCGAGUUCCACCAGGAGAUUGAGCGUCUGUAAGCCUCUUUCGAGCAAGUCCGCGAAAUGGGUUUGCGUUGGAUAUGGUCGCUACGUGAAGGUCCCGGAAAAGCUGUAA